CUCCCAAGCACCCUUUGGGCCACUGACAUCUCCCGGAAACCUGCACGUGCAAGCUGCCUGCAAUACGUCAUGGCGACCAGACACCUUUUCGGGGCUACCCGGACGUGGGCCGGUUGGGGUGCCCGGGAGUUCCUAGAGCCGGCCGCUCCUGGAAGACUCCUGGUCCGGGAUUAUGCCAAGAAACCGGCUGUGAAGAUGGGCAAAUCGGGAAAGGGUGCAGUGGCCAGCGAUGCCCUCAAGGACCCCGAGGUGUGCACAGAUCCCGUCCAGCUCACCACGUAUGCCAUGGGCGUCAACAUCUACAAGGAAGGGCAGGAUGUACCCCUGAAACCGAAUGCUGAGUACCCUGGAUGGCUGUUCGAGAUGAACGUGGGCCCCCCGAAGAAACUGGAGGAGCUGGACCCCGAGAGCCGGGAGUACUGGCGGCUGCUGCGCAAACAGAACAUCUGGCGCCACAACCGGCUGAGCAAGAACAAGAAAUUCUAGCGCGGUGCGCCCCGACCUCAGCCCCGACCCCCAACCCCCGACCCCAGACCCCGGACCCCAGACCCUGGAUCCCUGAUGCCGGCCUCAACCCCAGAUCCCCAACCCCUGACCCCGGAUCCCCGACCCUGGACCCCCAACCCCGGACCCCAGACCCUGGAUCCCUGAUGCUGGCCUCAACCCCUGACCCCGGACCCCCGAUGCUGGCCUCAACCCCAGACCCCGGACCCCCGAUGCUGGCCUCAACCCCAGACCCCGGACCCCCGAUGCUGGCCUCAACCCCAGACCCCGGACCCCCGAUGCUGGCCUCAACCCCAGACCCCGGACCCCCGAUGCUGGCCUCAACCCCAGAUCCCAGACCCUGGACCCCGGACCCCGGACCCCCGAUGCUGGCCUCAACCCCAGAUCCCCAACCCCUGACCCCGGACCCCCGAUGCUGGCCUCAACCCCUGACCCCGGACCCCCGAUGCUGGCCUCAACCCCAGAUCCCAGACCCUGGACCCCGGACCCCGGACCCCCGAUGCUGGCCUCAACCCCAGAUCCCCAACCCCUGACCCCAGACCCCGGACCCUCGAUGCUGGCCUCAACCCCAGAUCCCCGACCCCAGACCCCAGACCCCGGAUCCCCGAUGCUGGCCUCAACCCCAGAUCCCCCACCCCUGACCCCGGACCCCCGAUGCUGGCCUCAACCCCUGACCCCGGACCCCCGAUGCUGGCCUCAACCCCAGACCCCGGACCCCCGAUGCUGGCCUCAACCCCAGAUCCCAGACCCUGGACCCCGGACCCCGGACCCCCGAUGCUGGCCUCAACCCCAGAUCUCCAACCCCUGACCCCAGACCCCAGACCCCCGAUGCUGGCCUCAACCCCAGAUCCCCAACCCCAGACCCCGGAUCCCCGAUGCUGGCCUCAACCCCAGAUCCCCAACCCCUGACCCCGGACCCCCGAUGCUGGCCUCAACCCCUGACCCCGGACCCCCGAUGCUGGCCUCAACCCCAGACCCCGGACCCCCGAUGCUGGCCUCAACCCCAGAUCCCAGACCCUGGACCCCAGACCCCCGAUGCUGGCCUCAACCCCAGAUCCCAGACCCUGGACCCCGGACCCCCGAUGCUGGCCUCAACCCCAGAUCCCCGACCCUGGACCCCGGACCCCCGAUGCUGGCCUCAACCCCAGACCCCGGACCCCAGAUCCCCGAUGCUGGCCUCAACCCCAGAUCUCCGACCCCGGGCCCCGGACCCCGGAUCCCCAAUGCUGGCCUCAACCCCAGAUCCCCGACCCCUGACCCCCGACCCCGGACCCCAACCCCGGAUCCCCGACCGCAGCACCCUGACCUCGGCCCCGAGGACCUGCCAUUUUCCCAGAGAACGUGGACUUUUGUGAGACAAAAGGCGGCUCCCCAGCCUGGUUUCCCUGUGACGCCACAGCAGGGCUGGACCAGGGCCAUGGAGGGCAAUAAAGACCUCUCUGGGUA